GGACACGGCGAUGCUCCCUGGAGAAGAACCGUCACAGCCGGGCACAGCGUCCUUCCCCGCUCCUGUAGUGACCUCGCUGUGGUUGACACAGAGAUGGAGAAGUCUGGAAGAGCUCCAUUCUGCCACAGCAGAUUCCUAAAGGUGCGCAACGAAGAUACACAGGGGAGCCCGUGGUGCCAGGCACCGGGCAGCGCUGCGCAGACGGCCAACAGGCCCGCAGCGAGGAGCACUCUGGGCAGCGCUUCCCACGCCAGGUUGAGCUCUGCUCUGAGGAAAGUGGCACAGCUAGAAAACAAAAUCAUGAAUCGAAAAAAGCAGCUGGAAUUGCAAAAAACUGACUUGGGCCAGAGGUCUUUGGAUGAAGAGUCCUCAGCUGCGUCCAGUCGUGAACACAGUGCGAGGGGCAAGAAAUAUCUGAAGAAUUCUGCUACUGCUGGUGGAAAUGUGACUCUUGGUAAUGCUUGUUCUAAGGAAGAGGAAAGCAUCCAAAGCCCUAUAAGGAAUGCUGUGGUCAAACAGCAGCUUCAUGUGGAUAGUGAUGAAGAGGAAAUGAGAGAACUGAUGAAGAGCUCUUUGGAGAUUUCCAGUGGAAAUGAGAAUCAGAGAGUUGUGGCAAGUGAUUCUAAAUGGGCUAGAAAGAGUAAGACUACGAUUUCAUCAGGAUUGCCUCCUCCAUCUCAUAAGGAAAUUUCACUGACAGAGGUAUCUAAAGCAGCUUCUUUUCACAUCAAAGACUUGGAGCAAAAUGUUUUUGGUGGACUUAAUUCACCAUCCAGCAGAAACCUGUCAGUACCACAUAAUAUGAGAUCCCAAUCGCUGUCUUCUUCCAUGAAAGACAACACUGUAAGGAUCGCUCUGCCUAGAACAGGCAACGUCAAGCAAAGCCAAAUAUCACUUGAAAGUGACAGGAGUGAAAUAAAAUCAUUAGAUGAAUUGUUUUCAAAAGCAGAUGAUGCAGAAGGUUCAGCCAGCAGCAGCUCAAAUGACUUCAGACUGAAUAUCCUGAGCCUUGAUGAUUUGGCACCAGAUAUCACCAGUGAGACAGCAGAAUUAAAGCAGAAAGGGACAGACAUUCAAAUUACUCAAGAAUCAAACAGAGAUCCAAAAAAAGAUACAUUCCUGGUGGAAAGAGACCAAACAUCUCUCAAAACAAGUGCAGUAAAUGGUGUGAAUGAUGCUUCUGAAGAGGAUACUGAAAAAAAUGUGACUGAAGCUGAAAUCUCUGAGCAUUUAAGUGGAGUUUCUGAAGAUUUGCAUAGACACAAACAGGAUUAUCUUGGUCAUGAUGACAGAACUGUUAAUUCAGAAUAUUCUGAAGACUUUGAAAGCUGUCUUUCUACAACAGAUAGGGAAUCUGUAUCGAAAAUGUCAGAGGAACAUUCUGAGAGCUGCACGUCUCCUGGAAAACACCCGUCCUCAGCAUCGUCACCUUUCAUCACCAAAGAGCGGCGUGACCAGGUACACAGAGUAACCGUCAAAGAAACUGCAGUUCAGACAGUGGAUUCUCCAUUCACCUAUUGCUGGUCAACGAGAAACGCCACUGCGGUACUUGACCCACCUGUAGGAAACAGCUACGUUGAUCCAGUACCUAUUGCCAGUCACAUUGUCAGCAUGGAUGCAGUAGAAGCCUUGACAGCAUACAACCCAUCGGUUCUUGUUUUAAACUCCAUGUUGAAACAGCACUUGAUGUUGACUCAGCAGUUUGUAGAGAACAUUCAACACCUUCACCUCUCCCUUGUGGAGUCGUUAGAGAAUGAGAAGUUCCACUACCAUUCCCUGGAAGAGGCUAAAGAGUACAUCAAGAAUCACAAAUCCCCACCUCUAACAAUCGAGCAAGCACGUCAAGAAAUUUGGAAAGCACAAGAGGAAAAACUGCUGUGA